AAAAAUUCUACGCCACUGUAGCAAAGUUAAAUAUUGUUGUUUUUAUCCUACUCAGUUUCAAAGUCAUUAAUUUGCUAUUCUUGUCUUGCGAUCUCUGAUUCGUGGCCGAGAACAUCUCGACCAACGAGGAAAAUACAUUUGAAUUGUCAACGUUCUCGUCUAGGGUUUUAUAUUGGUGGUUCCUACAUGUGAAAUUUUUAUAUUUAAAGCGGUAAUCGUAUUAUUUUAUAAGCAUGACACGAAAAACAUGUAACAGUAUAAAGGAAAUAUUUUAUAAUGUUCAAUUUAAUAAGACUUGUCAUCCAAGUAAUAUAAAAAAUUUAAAGAAAUGUUACGAACGGAACGAUGAAACAGAUUUUUGGAACUCUUUCAUAUCUUAUUUCAAGGUUCCACUAAUUUUUGCACAACGACAUCCAAGAGUUGAGAAUACUCUAGAGUUUGUUGCUAAAUUUGCUGCCAGUUUAUAUUCAGAUUCAAACACUGAUGAAUCUGAGGAAUCGAUGUGUCCAUUUCUCGCCAAGUUAUUUGAUUUCCUUUUAACGUAUCAUUGUGCAAAAGACAUCGCAGUGAGAUUUCGCAUUUGCCACUUUUUGAACAUGUUAUUAAAUUCUUUGGGUGAUCAGGCUUUUAUUGAUGAUGCUCUCUGUGAUAAGAUUACUACAUCUAUGAUGAAGCGGUUAAUGGAUAAAUCGCCAAAAAUCAGAGCUCAAGCAGUUUUUGCUUUACAAAGACUUCAAGAUCCUACAGACGAUCAGUGUCCUGUUAUAAAAGUAUAUAUAUUUCAUGCCAGCAAAGAUCCAAAUGCUAUGGUUCGUAAAGCAGUACUAAAGAGCAUGGGAAAGAAUCAAAGUACUCUGCAAGUAGCACGGAGAAGAACCAGAGAUGUGGAUGAAACAGUUCGAAAAGCAGCAUAUGAUUUCAUUAGUAAAAUAACAGUAAGAUCUUUAACUAUUACACAAAGGGAUCAAUUGCUAAAUGAUGGUUUGAAAGAUAGAUCUGAUAUGGUUAAAAAUACUGUUAAAAAUGUUUUAUUACCAUCGUGGUUAAGACAUUUCAAGAGUGAUUUCAUUGAUCUAAUAAAAGCUCUUGAUGCUGAAAUUGGUACAGAUGUAGCUGUUUUAGCUCUAGACUCUUUAUUUAUGAAUACUUCAUUAAAUACAUUACUAGAACAAUUGCCAAUAGACAAAGAAACUAAAUUAAUUCCACUGAAUAAAUUAACCAGUGAAACUGUACUGUACUGGAGGUGUUUAGUGAAAUAUCUACAAAAUGAAUCUUGUACAGAGGAACUGGAAAGAAUUUUACCAGAGUUAUCAACGUUUUGCAAUUAUAUUUCUGACUUUCUUGUGACAAUAUCCAUGCCACAAACUGAAACAUGGGUGAAUCAUAUGCAUAAAUUUAUCCUAUUACAAUUAUUUGAAAUAACAACAACUUAUGACUUAUCUGAUGAAGUUGGAAGGAAAAACUUGAACGAUUUAAUACGUAAUACUUUGAUGGGCAAUUUUUGGACUGAAAAAAUCAUUGAAUGUGUAGUAGCGCAUUUACAAUAUGUUAUACCCGAUGUGCAUACUAGACUGGAUACUUUAGCUAAUAUAAUCAGUGAAAUUAGAUUGCCUUUGAAAGAAGUUAUGACACAAACACAAAUCACGGAAGAACAACAACAUGAGAUUAAUGUAAAAAGAGCGAAACUCAAAGUACAGUUAUUGGAAUUAAAAGAAGAAGAAUAUCAGGCUAUACAGGAUAAACAGUAUUUGAAAGCAGACAAUUUAAAAAAUCAAAUAAACAAAUUAAAUGAGGAAAUAAUAAAAUUAUCAGAAAAACCUCAAACGGAAACUAUAAUUAAUGAAGAGAUCAAGGAAAAGAGUGAUUCCGCAACAAUGAUAAAAUGUCUAACUAUAAUAAGUACGAUGAUGCAGUCUGUGACUGCAUUAACGCCAACGCUUAAAAGUUUUAUGCAAAUAGCUCUUGAUAGUUUAGAUCAUCCGAGUGAUACAGUACACAUAUUGGCACUAAAAACUGUCAGUAUUUGUUGUAUAUUAGAUAAAGAACUAGCCAAACGACAUAUUAUGAUGUUGUUUUUACAAUUUUCUUUAGAACAAGAGAAUUUAGAUAUUUGGAUUGCUGCUUUAAAAGGAAUCUUCGAUCUUUUAUUAUUAUACGGUCUUGAGUAUUUCGAUAUACUAGAAAAUGAAAAUGAUACUGUUAACAGAUCUGAAAAAUCUCGUACUAAAUUAUUUACGGAUACUGAUACAGAGAUUUCUCUGUCGUCCGUACGUAGAUCAGAAGCAGAACGGGGCAACUGUAACUUUAUUAAAAUUUUAGCAGGACUGUUAGAUAAUGCAAAUCAAGAACUGAGAACAAUUGCUGCAGAAGGUCUCUGUAAAUUAUUACUUCAUCGACGAAUCAGCAGCUCAAGUUUAUUGUCAAGAUUAUUAAUUUUAUGUUAUAAUCCCGUAAACGAUAAUGACUUUUAUCUUCGACAGUGUCUAAGUGGUUUCUUCGAUCAUUUUAUCACGCUUGUACCUGAGGCUCAGAUGCUAUUAGAAGAAGCAUACCUACCGACCUUACAAACUUUGUGCAACGCACCAGAUAUUAGUCCUUUACAAGAAAUUGAUCCUUACGAUAUAUCCAGAUUCAUAUUGAAUUUGACCAGGCACGAACUUCGUAAACCUGGAACAGAAAACUACUGUGCGCAUAAUAAUCUCGUUUUUACUAUUUUGGCAGAAUUGUUAAAUACAACCAGUAAAAUUGACCAAGAAACUCUUAUUAAAUCUUUGAAAGAUUUGCAUUUAGAUUUAGAAGAUGAUACGUUUAAGAAGAAUUUACAGGAAGCCGUUAACAAAGUCACGGAAACAAUAACAGUUUCUGAUAAACAGUUGCUAAAAUACAUUGAAUUCUUUAAGAAACAAUUAGAUGAUCGUACUGAUGCCACUAACGUUGUUGAUAUAUCAGGAGAUGAAGAUACUGAAGCUAAUGAAUGACUCAAAAUAUAUCAUAAUUAUUAACACCAUUAAUUAAUAAUGAAACAAUUUUCGCAUCUA